AUGUCAGCUCAAUCAAAUAGUGAAGAAUUUUCAAUAAAUGAUGGUCAACGUAUAAGAACAACUAAAGAAAAUGUUGAAGUAUCAUCAUCUAUCAAUCAUGAUGCAAGAGAUACAGUACAAAUAAGUGAUUAUUCAAUUCAAUUUUCUCAAUUAAUGGAUCGUUUAUCAAAAACACAUUCACAAAUUGAUCAAUAUACACAAACAAGAACAAAUCAAAUAUCUGUUGAAACAGAAAAAAUAAUUAGAAAAAUUUUAGAAGAAACAGAACAAAAACAAAAAGAACUUUUAUUAGAAGCUCAAAUGAAAUCUCAAUUAUAUCAAGAACAAUAUCAAAAUAAUUUACAAAUGAAAGUAAAUCAAUUAAAUGAAGAAAAAGCACAAGAAUUAGCUGAUUUAGAACAAAAUUUAAAUCAACAACAAGAACUUAUUUUAACUAAUGCAAGAAAUAAAGUUGAUUUAUUACAAACAGAAGCAAAUCAACGUAAAAUGAAUAUUCUUCAACAAGGACAACAAAUAACAAAUGCUCAAUUAGAAGAUAUAACUGAACAACUUGUUGAAGUUGGAAGACAAGAUUCAGAAAUUCGUUUAGCAUCAACAACAACAACAAUUAUUGCAACAGAAGCUGUUGCACAACAACAACCUGAACCUAUCUUAAAUCAAUAA